AUGGCUAGUGAGGAGAGUUUUGUAGUGUUGGUGCAUUAUAGAGGGUCGAUUAAAAGAAAGACACGCUCCGGUGUGAAGUUUACUGAUAAAAAUUCUCUGAUGCUUAGAGAUGACGUGAAGUACGAUUCUUUUGUUAUAGGGAGUGACGAGGAUUUAGCACCUGAGCUGUUGGCAAAGUUGGUUGAUGUGGUAUCUAGCUUGGGAGGUUCGAACCGGAAUAUCCAAACUCUAGGAACCGUAGCCGGUUCUAGCUCGAGACCCGUUGGUGCAUGUUCGUCUGUGCCCUGUGGGACACUGGCUGAGAUCGAUGAUGCAUUGCUGGAUGAUGAUGUGGAGCUUGACCUCAUUGCUGAUGAUAGUGGCGAUGACAUUGUAGCGAGUAACCUAGCUGGGGCUAGUGGUGGUUCUAACUCUGGGACUCAGCAGUACCCUCCGCACUUUUCUUCUUUGGACUUGGAUGCCAUGAGACAGGAGGGGGUUCCUGCGGAACCCACUGAAUUUGGUGCUAGAGAUACCCAGGGGACUGGGGGUCUUACAAAGUUUCAAGUUGGUCAGCAGUUUCAGGAUAAAGAGGAGGAUGUGUUAAGCGUGAAGACGUAUAGCAUCCGAAGCCAGGCUAAGUCUCCGACAGCGCAAAGGUAUUUAGGAGGUAAAACGGUACAACGAACCUCAUACUUGUCUCGCAACGUCGAUCUCGAUCACAGGAAUCUUGAUUAUCAGGUGAUCUCGGCCUUCAUUAUGCCGAUGGUUAGAGCUGAUGCAUCCGUGUGUAUCAAGAUACUGCUGAAUGCGACGGAGGCACACUUUGAGUUCAUGCCAACUUAUAGGAGGGUCUGGUUGGCCAAGCAGAAGGCCACCGCCCAUAUUCUCCAGAUUAUCGACCUUAUUCUUGUACUGCUGCCAUGUAAGACAUAUCGUUAA